AUGGCCUCUGGACAGUCGCUCCAGCAGCAAGCCAACUCCCUCCACUCGCGCCUCAAGAGCCUGAUAAACAAUGACUUGAAGGAAAUAUGCAGGUCAGAAGAACUGCCCGUGUCCGGCGUCAAGUCAGUGCUGCAGCAGCGCAUCAUCCAAUACUUGAGUCACCUCGCCCACCGCGGUGACGAGAACGCGGUCGCCCGCAUUCGCUAUCGCAUCCUCAACCACGGCGCGACACCCCCCGCCACGCCUCAUCCACCCCAGCUGCCCGACUACCCCGACUCCGUCUCGCCCAUCAACCCGGCCACCAUGCAGAACCCUUAUCGUUCGGUAUCCGCCGUGAAUCUUCCGUCGCGUCCGCGCUAUCAGCCCCGCUUCUCGUUUAAGCAGAGCCCGUUCUACGAUGUGGAGGAGGCUUUGGCUCCGACAGUCGAGCUCCAAGUCUUGCCCAACAACCGGACUAGCACGACCAUCUCGGUUCAGCUACCGGCGGACAUUUGUGAUAGGUUCAAGUCAAGCACUUCGACGCGCGCCAUGCUGUUCUCAGCCGCCGAUCCGGUCCUCGCCCACUACGCCGCUGCCGACAUAGCUUUCCCACACCAACUGGAGGUGAAGAUCAAUGGGGAUGAGGUCAGGUCAAACUUUAAGGGCCUUAAGAACAAGCCUGGCUCCACUCGGCCUGCAGAUAUUACGGAAUUCCUACGCAAGAUCCCGGGCUACAAUAACAACAUCCAGAUCACCUACGCAUUGACGCAGAAGGCAAGUAAGGAAAGGAAGUUUCACAUGGUCGUGUAUCUGGCUCGGAAGCAUUCGGUUUCGGAGCUCGCAGGCCGCAUCAACCGAAUCUUUACCAAGGAUAAAGUCAUGGACGAAAUGCGGGCACGAGCUCAAGACCCGGACAUUGUAAUCGAGUCUCAGAUCGUCUCACUCAGAGAUCCCGUUGCCGGCAUUCGCAUUGCCAUGCCGUGUCGCUCCACUGUCUGUUCACACAAUGAAUGCUUCGACGCUAUGUCGUUCCUUCAGUUGCAGGAACAAGCGCCCACGUGGAUUUGUCCAAUCUGCAGUAAAACCGUCAGCUACGAGGCGCUCGCUGUGGAUAGAUACAUGCAAGAUAUCCUCGCUAAGACGACGUCGUCAACUGAUCAAGCCAGGAUCUAUCCGGACGGCACCUGGUCCCCAGGCACGGCGGAUAAGAUGAAGAACCAACAUACGACACCGAGCAGUGAAGCAAGCGGAGUCAGAGGCCCGCCAGAUGACAGCGACGAUGACCUUGUGGAGAUCUCAGCCCCGCCUAUCAUGAAGAAGGAGGAGUCUACGACACCGUUGCACAGUGUCAACACACCGCCAGUCUCGUCUCGUGAGCCUUCAACGACUUCGGCUGUCCCGGGCAGUAACCGUGGGAAGCGCAAGCAAGAGGUCAUUGACUUGACGCUGAGCGAUGAUGACGAACCACCUCGUCCGGCCAAGAGAACGAACAGCGCCUACAGUACGCCCAAUAGUCUUCCAGACCGUUUCCGUCAGCCUUCCAUGGCGCAUAAUGCGUACCCUUCCCACCCGCCGGCCCCGGUGACCCCUUCACAUUACCAUCAUGAUCAGAGUGCUAAUCGUCCACCGAGUUCGCUAGGCCCUCCAAUGGCUUCUAGGCCUAGGCAUUCGGUGAACGGAAACUACAACACCCCACAGACCCACAAUUACUACGAUGAUCAACAAUGGUACAACUCGAGCCGUACCCGUUGA